CCAGACAGCGACUUUAGUGCUAGAGGCACGACGCAAAGUAUGCACCAACUUGCUGCCAAAUCAUCCUUCUCACUGGGUGGAAUAUGUAACUCCUCAGCUCCGCCGUGAUAUCUACGGCCUAGCGGCUUCGAAUGCGAAUUUGGCGGGCCCUUGGGUAGCGCAAGAUUUAGUCCUUGUUACCUUUAUCAUCUAUAUCACCAACACACCGCUGCUGCUGCCUUCUCUUUGUCCCUUUCAAAGUGUUCCCUUUCGUAAGAAUGCAGCGGCAAAUCCACCUAGGCAAUAUCGUCCAUUAUCGAGGUGGAUCUGACACUGAUUCUCCUAGGACUGCGGAUAUCGCCGCGAACGCUCCCAGGUAUCGGCGCAAGAGCAGUACCUUCAUCGACGGCAUACACGAUGUUCCGGAAGAUGGCGAUAUGGCACCGGCCCAACUGUACAGCACCAUGUCGGGGAGACUCUUCCACUCCGGCCGUAUCGCCAUCGUUAUGGUGGGACUCCCCGCUCGGGGCAAAACUCAUAUUGCUGUCUCGUUAGCUCGGUAUCUACAAUGGCUGGGGGUCAAAACACGGAUUUUCCACCUUGGAGAUUAUCGUCGUGCCACCGUUGGCCAAGGCGGCCACGUACCCGAGGAUUACUUCUAUCCUAACGCCUCUCCGGCCUCUAUUGUACUGCGCCAGAAGAUCCUAAAGAAGUGCCGAGAAGAUAUCUACGGCUGGCUCAACCACGAGAACGGCCAAGUAGCAAUAUAUGAUGCGGUAAAUCCUACUGCGAGUGGUCGUCGUUCGCUAGCCAAAGAGUUUGCGAAGCACGACGUCCAGACCUUGUUUCUAGAGUCAUAUGUUGAUAAUGAACCGCUACUCCGGGAAAAUGCGCGUAAUGUCAAAAUUGGCUCUCCUGAUUUUGCCAACAUGGAUCCCGACGAAGCUGCGAGGCUCUACCUGAAGCGGAUAGAGACCAAAAUACCUACUUUCGAGACAAUGAAUGAGAAAGAACUAAACUAUAUCAAGAUGAUCAACGCAGGCGAGACGUUCUUCUACAAUAACGUAUCCUUCAACUACCUCUCGCACCGGAUCGUCUUCUACCUAACGAAUAGCCAUGUUCAAUCGCGAGCGACAUUCUUCGUCCGGCCCGGCACUGCAAUAGAAGAAGAAAGCUAUAAAGCCGAUGCGCCGCUGUCUGAAGAGGGGCUCAAGUAUGCCAAGGUUAUGACCGAAACAGUGAUCAAGCAUCGUGAGCAGGAACAAGCAUCACAAGUUACUGAGGGCGGUCCGGAAACGCCAUUGCGUUCACUUACGGUGUGGUGCUCGACACGCAUGCGCACGCUGCAAACGGCAGACGUAUUCAAAGAAUUAGGAUACAAAGUUCGUCAGCGCAGUCAGAUGGCCGAGAUCAACCCGGGUGUCUGCGAAAGAUUGAGCGAGCGAGCCAUCCGCCGCCUCUACCCAGAGGAGGUUGAAAAGCACGAACACGAUCCUUACCAUCAUCGGUACCCCCGGGCUGAGUCUUAUCAUGACGUCGCUGUGCGACUAGAGCCCAUAAUCUUGGAGCUUGAACGUGAGCAGAACGACUUAUUAAUCAUCGCUCACGAGAGCGUGCUACGUGUGCUAUACGCCUAUCUUAUGCACUGCAGCACCAUGGACAUUCCCAACCUCAAGUUCCCGCGCAACGAGAUCAUCGAGGUCAUCCCAGGCGCAUACCAGAAUGAGGCUAAGCGAAUUCAUAUCCCAGGCCUAGAUCCCAGGACGGUCCCUGGAUCGCCGGAAGACAUCCGAAUCCCGGUUCCGGAUAGUGCUUCCGAAACCCCAACCCCACUUCCCGGAGGCGGCCUGUCGGCAUCUGUAGCGCCUUCGAUCGUUAUCGAGAAGCCGCCCGAGAAGGUGAUCAACACGGCAGCCGAGGCCGUCAGGGACAAGAUCACAGACGAAGAUUAACGUCCUAUCUAGAUAGACCCUUACCUACAAAUUCGCUUAACGAAACCAUGGCGGACUCACAUUGUUAUCUGCGGCUCCACGACGCCGGGUUGUAUGGGCGGGCAUUGCUCACGGAUAGAUGGAUAGCAUUAGAUGGCUUAUUAGAUUAUGAGCUUCCGUCUUCCACAUUGUCG